AAGAGUGUGAGAACAAGAAUGGCCAACAUCAACUGGAUGUGUUGCUUGCUAAUGGCUUUACUCGUUGGCAACCAUCACAUUGUGCCCGUCUCUUGCAUCUUCGUCGAUGAGCCGCUACUUUACGACACGUUCCCGCCCUCUUUCGUUUGGGCUUCGGCCACUAGCGCUCACCAGAUUGAAGGCGCCUGGAACGUCGAUGGUAAAGGACCUAGCAUUUGGGAUACCUACACAUCUCAGCCGGGCAUUGUUGCAGAGGGAGCGACCGGUCAGACGGCCUGCAAUAGUUAUUAUUUCUAUCAGAAAGACGUGGACGCCCUCAAGAGUUUGAAUGUGAGUCAUUACAGAUUCUCCAUUUCUUGGCCGCGCGUUUUGCCCGAUGGAAUCGGACGUAUCAACCAACCGGGAGUCGACUACUACAAGAAUUUGAUUGCAGCUCUUAAAGUGGCAAACAUCCAGCCCAUGGUAACCUUGUACCACUGGGAUUUACCGCAAGCGCUCGAGGAUAUGGGAGGUUGGUUGAACCCAGCAGUGGCCGACUGGUUCGAAGAAUACGCCCGCCUCUGCUUCACUCAAUUCGGCGAUGACGUAAAAAUAUGGGUCACCCUGAAUGAACCUUGGAUCAGCGCCUGGCAAGGCUAUGGACUCGGAGUCAGCGCACCAGCCAAAUAUGGACCUGGGACGUAUACUUAUCAGGCCGGCCACAACCUGAUCCUUGCCCACGCCAAAGUCUACCGACUUUAUGAAUCUUCUUUCAAACCCUUUCAACAAGGGAAGGUAGGCAUCGCUCUCAAUGUUAAUUGGUACUCGCCCGCCACCGACCUGACGGCCGACGCGGAUGCGGCUGAGAGGGCACUCCAAUUUAUGGGCGGAUGGUUCGCAAACCCGAUUUUUGGUAGCGGAGAUUAUCCGUCAAUCAUGAAACAAAAGAUUGCGGAGAAGAGCGCACUGCAAGGAUUCAAUCAAUCGAGAUUGCCGGAAUUCACAGAAGAGCAAAAGAUUUUUGUUCAGGGUAGCGCAGAUUUCUUGGGUAUCAAUCAUUACACGAGUUUCUUAACGCAGGACAAACCCAGUGACAUCAACGACGUCAGUUACGAAGCCGAUCAAGAUCUUUACGCUUAUCACGAUCCGUCUUGGUACGGAUCGGGAUCGCCGUGGUUGAAAGUCACGCCGUUCGGAUUGCGUAAGCUCCUCGUUUGGUUAAGAGACGGGUUCAACGAUCCGGAAAUGAUCAUCACGGAGAACGGAUGCAGCGACACGGCCGGCAAUUUAGACGACAUGCUGCGAAUUUAUUAUUAUAAACACUACAUUAAUAACGUCCUCAAAGCCAUUAAAAACGACGGAGUUAAAGUUACUGGAUACACGGCCUGGUCGCUCAUGGAUAACUUUGAAUGGCGCGCUGGAUACAAUGAAAAAUUUGGGCUUUUCAACGUGAAUUUUACGUCACCCGAACUCCCGCGGACUGCCAAAGCUUCGGCAAAUUACUACGCGCAAAUCAUCCGCGACAACGGAUUCCGAACGGAUCAACCGUGCAAUAAUUAUCCUAUUGCUUAGCAUAGUCUGCCUAAAAAUUAACGCUUCA